AAAAUAGAUCGACCGGGUUCGAGGGCAUCUGCAGACGAUAAGACGCAUCUCUUUUUAACUGCGCGGUUUGAGAUCUCUUCUUCUUCUUCUGUCUCCUUGUAGCAUCCCAAGGAGCAAUUUUUUAUAGCGAUCGCGUUUGGAGAACACAUCGCAGAUUGAUCUGUUGUGGCACCCCUAUCCAUGGCGCUUCGACGACUCGUGCAAAGGACCUUGCUCAACCAUUCUUCGAGUCGGCUUUAUCCUGCUUUGGGGCAAUCGUUCUCAACUGACACCUCUCCUAGUGAACCAAUUCGCGCUACUCUCUUUCCGGGUGAUGGAAUUGGGCCCGAAAUUGCUGAAUCUGUUAAGAAGGUGUUCAAUGUAGCACAAAUUCCAAUAGAAUGGGAAGAACAUUUUGUGGGCGACAAAGUAGAUCCAAGAACAGAGAGCUUUCUCACAUGGGAAAGUCUGGAAUCAGUUCGGAGAAAUCGUGUUGGACUGAAAGGUCCAAUGGCUACUCCUAUUGGAAAAGGCCACCGCUCACUGAAUCUCACCUUAAGGAAAGAACUAGGUCUCUAUGCCAAUGUUAGACCAUGCUACAGCCUUCCAGGCUACAAAACCCGAUAUGAUAAUGUGAAUCUUGUAACCAUCCGUGAAAAUACAGAAGGGGAAUAUAGUGGUCUUGAACAUCAGGUUGUAAGAGGUGUUGUAGAAAGUCUGAAAAUUAUUACUCGACAAGCAAGUUUAAGGGUAGCAGAGUAUGCUUUUCAUUAUGCAAAAGCAAAUGGCCGUCAACGGGUGUCUGCUAUACACAAAGCCAAUAUUAUGCGGAAGACUGAUGGUCUUUUUCUCAAGUGUUGCCGUGAGGUUGCAGAGAAAUACCCAGAGAUAACUUAUGAGGAAGUCAUCAUCGACAACUGCUGUAUGAUGCUCGUGAGAAAUCCUUCUCUCUUUGAUGUAUUGGUGAUGCCCAAUCUAUAUGGUGAUAUAAUAAGUGAUCUCUGUGCUGGCCUGAUUGGAGGGCUGGGCUUAACUCCUAGUUGCAACAUUGGUGAACAUGGCAUUGCUCUAGCAGAAGCUGUUCAUGGUUCAGCUCCUGAUAUCGCUGGCAAGAACCUUGCAAAUCCAACUGCUCUCCUACUGAGUUCGGUCAUGAUGCUCCGGCACCUGAACUUGAACGACAAGGCCGACCAAAUCCACAAUGCCAUUCUCAAUACCAUUUCAGAAGGAAAGUACCGGACCGUUGAUCUUGGCGGGAGUUCAUCGACCACUGACUUCACCAAAGCAGUAUGCGAUCAUCUCUAAGAAUCUUCUACUAUUUCUUCGUGCGACAAUUCUACUAAAAAAUCUUCUCUAACGGGCGGCAACCAUGAGACUGCCGACUUAGUAAUUUUAAAUGUGAGUUCAUCAAUAAUGCCAUAUAACCAAAAGGCACACAUCAUAUUGCCCUUCAUCUGCUCUUCGAUUAAUUUUUCUUUUUGUCGAAUAAUGUUGGUAUGAAUUGCUA